UAAUAUUUAUUUAUAAUAACUUGUUUCAGUUUAGUCAAUGGAAUUUAAAAAGACAAUCAUAUUUGGCGCCAAAUCGCUUGGCUCAAGCGGUAAGAAAUGUCGCGUUUGUCUGGUUUACCAUCUAAUAUAUAUGCACUUAGAGGGUCUCUAAUAUGCACAACUAGAACCAGACUCAUCAGUCUGUACAUUGUUUACGUGACAACGUGACGGGAAUGAACGACACACGUGGUGUAGAAUUUGUGUGGGAAAAUCCCAUAAAACAUCCGCAAUGUCCUCAUGGACCAGCAUUACUAUUUGAAAGAUAUGUCAAGGAUGGAGUAAAGAGAUUUUACGCGUGUUCCGCUUGUCGUGACAGAAAAUUAUGCAGAUUCUAUUUAGAAUAUGAGCAGGAACUGUCAAAAUCUCAAAAGCGUAUGUGGGAGCUGGAAAAUAAGAAGUUUACUCAGCGUUAUGUUCAUCGAGAACUAUACAUUCGUUUUAACAAACUCAGCACAGCACCUGUGGCAAAAAGAUGUUAUUGCCAUAAUUGUGAGAAAUUAAUGUUUAAUUCUGAAAAAGAUAAGCACAUGGGCCAUAAGAUUACAGAGAAUUUAACUGAUUAUCAAAUGCGUCAUCCAUCAGAGCUUUUAAAACCUUUAGAGAAUGCGAAGAAGGAAGCGCAAUAUUUAUUUUCUAAGAAAUCUACAGAAGAUAUAAUAAAUAUGCUUUUGAAACUUGGAGCUAAGCAGAUCCUUUGUAUUGGCGCACCGAAAAUACAUGAAUAUAUAAUCGAACAUCACGCAGAUAAAAUGUCUUCUCUCCUUUUAGACUUUGAUGGAAGAUUUCAUAACUUUUUUGGACCGCUGGAUUAUUGCUGGUACAACCUUUUCAAUCAUCAUUUUUUUAACAAAGAUGCUGUUAACGUGUUCAAAGAUUUUCUUACUCAAAAUGAGGGAAAGGAUACUUACUUAAUAUGCGACCCUCCGUUUGGUGGCCGUUUGGAACCCAUAUCGUACACGAUAAAAACGAUAUCCGACCUGCACAGAACAUUAAAUAAACAUGUUCAUAAUGAUAAUUUUUUCUUGAAAAUUAUGUUUAUAUUUCCAUAUUUUAUGGAGCAUAUAAUGAGAGAAAAGAGCAAUCCGUCACGUGUGACUGGUGGCUUGAAAGAAUUGAAAAUGUCUGAUUAUAAAGUGGAUUAUGAUAAUCAUCCCUUAUUUAUAUCAGAAAAGCAUGGUAGAAAGCAUGGUUCUCCAGUGAGAAUUUUUACGAAUGUACCGUUGAAUCUACUAGAGCUUCCUUUAUUGGAUGGAUAUAAAUUUUGUCGAGAUUGUGAAAAGUGGGUUUCUAGUGAGAACAAACAUUGCAAGAAGUGUAAAGAAUGCACUUCCAAAGAUGGUCAAACGUACAAACAUUGUGAUAUAUGCAAACGAUGUGUAAAGCCUACUUGGGAACAUUGUCGAAUUUGCAAAAGAUGUAUGUUAGAGAAACAUACGUGCGGUCCAAUACCGAAUAUUGUAGGAAGAUGUUUUAAUUGUGAUAAAUCAGGUCAUACUAGAAAAGAAUGUCCUAAUUUACUUUCUACUGAAAUCACAAUUGAGACAGAUAUAAAGAAACGUAAAGCAGACAGUGAAUUAAAAUUAAAGGCAACUUUAAUUAAGAAAAGCAAAGUUGGACAUUCGAAGGAAGUUGUUAAAGAAAAAGCUGUCAUAGUUAAUAAAAAGGAAAACUUAAAACUAAAAAAGAAUAAGAACUUAAAAAAUAAAAAAUCCCAACGAGAGUAAAAUAAAGAAGUUAAUGUAAAUGUGUUUAUAUAAUGUUACAGAGUAAGUGUAUAACUAUAUGUAAAUACAGUUGG